AUGGGCAUAAACACCCAAAUCCUCACACCGCCCCAGUUGGAGUACCAUAACAGCAUGUAUUCCCUGGCUAAAAACGGAUCGUGGCGUAUGGACAAUAAGCAGUUUCUUGAGACCCAGCCAAAGGAGCACAAGUGGGCGAUUGUGUACUUUCAAGGUCCCAAGAUGACAUACAACCAGGUGGCCGACUUUGAACAGAAAGUGCUUAUCCAAAGCCAGAAUGUGAACGUGAACUUGGAUAAAAAGGCUGAGAUACGCCCCUUUAAGGAUGAAACGAGUCUAGACAAGUGCUUCGUAAAUCUUCAAAACCAUUGCUAUCUGGCCUUUGUGAUCAUGCCGCCGUUUGGAGUUACUUACGGUGCGAUUAAGCAAAAAGCCGAACUGCAGCACGGCAUUUUGACGCAGUGCAUCAAACAGGAUACUGUGAUUUACAAGCUUAACAAUAGCCAAACAAUAUCCAACAUCCUGCUAAAGGUGAACUUUAAGCUAAACGGCAUUAAUCACAAGCUUAAAGACGUUUCUGGCGUGCCAAUACUCGAUAAUGUUAUGUUCCUGGGCGCUGAUGUUACUCAUCCGUCGCCAGAUCAACGUAAUAUACCCAGUAUAGUGGGCGUGGUCGCUUCUCAUGAUCCCGACGGUGCUGCCUAUAAUUACAGUUAUCGAAUGCAGCGCUCCACUUUGGAGGUAAUCGAGGAUAUGGAGUCAAUAACGGUGGAACAUUUGCGUGUAUACCGGGAGUAUCGUAACUCAUAUCCUGAUCACAUUAUCUACUAUAGGGAUGGAGUGGACGAUGGCCAGUUGGAGAAAAUCAAAUGCGAAGAGCUCGGAGGAAUAAAUAAGGCAUGUCGAAAGAUCGGCAUUGAACCGAAGAUUUGCUGCAUAAUAGUGGUGAAGCGUCACCAUACUCGCUUCUUUCCGAAGCCAACGCAGAUCAAUAAUUCCAGAAAAGACUAUAACAACGUGGAGCCCGCAACAGUGGGCGAUAGCUCCAUCGUCAAUCCGAAAGAAGUGCAGUUCUAUAUGGUGAGCCACCAGUCCACCUAG